UGUUUCACGACAUCGAGCCGAUAGCGAUAGCCAGUGCAGGGGAAGAAGAAAAAAUAUUUUAUAUGUGAAUUUCAACAAUUACGCUGUGCAUUAAACUUGUAAAAAAAUACAUAAAAACUAAAGAGUUGUGCAAAGUGCUUAUAAGAGUUGAGCGAAACAAAGUGAAUAACAAAUUAAAAAUAUUAUAUUUGUUGGCUUAAUACGUUUUAAAAGCGAAAAAAAACAUCUGUAAAGUGUUGCGUUGCAGCAAAGGUCGCAAUACAUGUCCAAAACGCGUGGAAGCUUAAAAGCCGUGCAAUUAAAGCACGAAUCAACCGAAGAAGAGGAGGACGACGAGGAUCAGCAGCAGCAGCGAUCACGUCGUACCAUGCAUACAGUGGGCGAGACAGGCAGCGGCAGCGGAGUGCCAGCAUUUUUGGCUAAACUCUGGCGCCUCGUCGAUGAUCCGGAUACAAAUAAUUUAAUUUGCUGGAGCAAGGAUGGUCGAAGUUUUAUUAUACAGAAUCAGGCGCAAUUUGCACGCGAUUUGUUGCCACUGAAUUACAAGCACAACAAUAUGGCCAGCUUUAUACGCCAGUUAAAUAUGUAUGGUUUUCAUAAGAUUACAUCGAUUGAGAAUGGCGGACUACGUUUUGAUCGUGAUGAGAUUGAAUUUUCGCAUCCGUGCUUCAAGCGCAAUUAUCCGUAUUUAUUGGAUCACAUCAAGCGCAAGAUUUCGAAUACCAAGAGUGUGGAUGAGAAGAGUGUGCUGAAGCAGGAGACCGUAUCGAAGGUAUUGAGCGAUGUGAAAGCAAUGCGUGGACGUCAGGAUAAUUUGGAUUCACGUUUUUCGGUGAUGAAGCAGGAGAAUGAGGCACUUUGGCGUGAGAUUGCCUCGUUGCGACAAAAGCAUGCGAAGCAGCAACAAAUUGUAAACAAGCUAAUACAAUUUCUGAUCUCGAUUGUGCAACCAUCUCGCAAUAUGUCCGGCGUGAAGCGUCACAUGCAGUUAAUGAUCAACGAUACACCGGAAAAUGAUUGUCAACGUCCGCGAAAUGCCAGCGAAUCGGAGAGUGAGAGCGGUCCAGUUAUCCAUGAGCUUAGCGAGGAGCUUCUGGAUGAGGUCAUGAAUCCCAACAGUCACUAUGAUGCUGAAAGUGCUAUGGAACGUCCACGAUCCAAUAUAAGCAUUAGCAGCUCUCAAAACUAUGAUUAUUCGAAUCAGAGUGCUGAGGAUUUCAUUGCUGGUCAACUUUUAACUGGAGGCGGCGGAGAUGCAGCUACUGCAGCAAAUGCAGCUCGUUCUCCAGGUGGUCAACAGGUUGUCUACAUGGUUACUGAAGCCCCCGAUUCCCAUGUCCAAGAGCAGAAUUUGCUGCCCAGUCCCAACAGUCCAUACAGCGGUGAUGAGCAACUGACUGUGCUCACCACACCAAUGGUGCGUGAACAGGAGGCCCGUAAUCGUCAGCUGCUCAAGGAGAAGAACAAGCAGCGUCGCCGCAUCACAGAUCUGUCCGCACAGAUUCCAGUCGAUUUGGAUAUGUCGCCAAAGACGCAACGCACUCGUUCCCAGACCAAGGAGCAGCCGCAGAUUAUGCCGCAACCUUUGCUGGUCAAAACUGAGCCAGCGACAGAUAUGUCAAGUUUAUUGGAUCAGCCGGAAACUGGCAACAAUACAGGGCUAUACAAUGUGGACUUUAUUAGCAACGAUAUGCCCACUAAUAUAUUUGAAGAUGAUUCAUUGAUGUCCACUGGCACUGCCCUGGAUGAGCAAGCCAAUAAGCUGGAUCAGCAGCAACAAUUUGGACGCUCCACUGUGAACAACGGCAAGUUUGCCAAUAUGCCGAUUAAUUUUGAAAUGGCUGGAAACAAUGAAAAUGCUCUGGUAACCGAUGCAAAUAUGGCAUCCACAUCCAAGGCAGCUGCUGCUGUUAAGGAAAUGGGAAAUGAACAACAACAACAGCAGCAGCAACAACAACAACCAAUGACCGUAGCCAAAUAUACUGGCGAUAAUGUACACGAUACACGGUUGGUUCAGCCUACGCCAUCGAGAAGCGAAUUACAAGUCAAUAAAAGUGAUUUUCCAAUUACUUGUUGCAGUGAUGAGGUUACCGGGCACAUUGAUAAUUUGCAAGAUGAGCUGGACACGCUCAAGGAUCUGCUACGCGGCGAAGGAGUGUCCAUUGAUCAAAAUAUGCUAAUGGGCCUCUUUAAUGAUUCAGAUGUCUUGGAUAACUACGGGCUGUCCUUUUUAACUGAUAACAUGGGCGGCGAUAAGAAAGUUAGCAGCGGUUCGGAGCUAAUGGCUUAUCAGCCCAACAUGUAUGAUCUCUCCGACAUUUUGGACACGGAUGAUAGCAACAAGACUGGCCAGGAAUCAGUUAACAAUGGCCGUCAAUUGCAGACUCAAAGUUCUGUGCUGAAUACUCCGCGGCGUGAUGUAUAGAUAAUCCUAGAAUUUAUGGAUUAGUUGUAGCUGCAGCUCAGACAUAAAACGGGCGAACAAAUUGUUUUCUGUUUUGAAUUAUACCUACUAAAUAUAAUAUAAUAUUUGAUAUGAAUUUAGUUUAUAGCUCAAAGACCUAAAUAUUUUUGUUUUUCAUUUUAUCCCCAUAAUUAUUAAUGUUAAGUUUUUAGUUGAUUUCUGUAAAAAUCUAACGCAUGACUAUUUAUUAAUCCAAAUGUUGAACUAUAUAUGAAAUAUAUAGAACAUUAUAAUAAUAAUUACAUAUAUGUUAUGUAAAACUUGAAGAUUUGUCUUCUUUUUUGAAUAUUAACAGUUUUUGUAGAUUUUAUAUUGAUAAAAUAAGAUUAACUGUAGGUUUAUUGAAUUUAUAUUCACAAUCAUAAAUAUGCAACCAAAAGUUGUAGAGGGUACAUAGAGAAUAGAAAUAAUAAGAAGUUAAUCUACUAUCUAUAACGUUCAACUACGAAAUACCUUAAACACAAUCUAAUACUUAUGCGAAAUAAAAAUCGUUUGAGCUGCAAACAAUAAAAA